UCGCGUAGUUCACUCUGUCUCUAUCAUCUGUCGCAUUGAUCGCCCUCGCCAUUUGUACCAUUUUAUUGUAAAUUUGUUUAAAAAUGUUCCGCACAACGGCUGUCCGCGUGCAUUCCCUUGUAAAAGGGGCACUGAACAUUUCAAAACCAUCAGUAACAACAACCAGGUUUAUGUCUUCUCAUAGUACCGAAACAGAUGAACAGUUUGAUGCCAGGUACGAAAAUUUCUUCAACAGGAAGGAUAUCGACGGCUGGGAAAUCCGACAAGGUAUCAAUGAUCUUUGUGGUCAUGAUUUGGUCCCAGAACCUAAGAUUGUCGUUGCGGCUUUGAAGGCGUGCCGCCGGGUUAAUGAUUACGCUUUGGCUAUCAGGAUUUUGGAAGCCGUGAAGGACAAGUGUGGCGGUAAAGUUAACGAAAUCUACCCGUACAUCAUCCAGGAGGUGAGACCCACUUUGACAGAGCUUGGAAUUGAUACACCUGAGGAACUGGGAUACGAUAAGCCAGAGCUCGCGUUGCAGUCAGUCUAUGACAUUCAUUAAAACCUAAUUUAGUUAGUCAAUGUAAUGUGUUAUUAUUAAUAAUAAAAUCAGUAUAAUAAUAA